CUCUUAACGUUCUAUUUAUCUGAAAACAAUACAACUACUUCUCACACUAAAACAAAAGAAAAAAAAAUGCCUUUGUUGCAUGGCAAACAAGCUCUUCUAGUAACUGGUUUCCUAGUCUUCUUUGUGUUCUUUGUCGACCCAAUUAUCGCAGUUACAGCUCGAUUGUUGAAGAUGGAUAACGGUGGUGGUGUAGCCGAUAAUGCCGGUCGUCCAUUGUUGGCUGCUCAUAGUCGCCAUGAAAAUGAUUCAACAGUGUUGACACCAAGUGCGGGAAGUGAUGAUAACUACCAACUAUACCAAGCAGCAGGUGAUGAUUUAGUUGAUGAGGAUUGUACCGCUGCGCGAAAGAAGACACCGAUUCAUAACUGAUCAUUUCGACAAUGAUAUCUUCAGCAAUAAAGUUACAAAUCCUUUAUACUUGUGUUUACUGUUUUGGUGGGACGCGACACAGUUAGGCGCGGGAAACAUAUACAAAAAUCUAUAUUGUCGAACUAUUUAGGGUAUUACAAAGAAGUUUAAGGAUCUUAACGUAUUCACUCUUUUGUGUGGUACAUGCAACUUCUAUUACUAGUUUACUAUCAUAUAUACGACACAAUUCUAUUAUUGCGUACUUGUAAUUUAAAAGAAUGAACACUACAGAUUUUAUCAAUUUCUUUGA